GCUUUCGCCGGUCAGCACAUUUUGUUUACAGAUAAAUACCUUGACAGCCGCAGAGGCUGAGAAGGAGAUCCACCAUAUCCAAAAUGGGAAAAAUCACAUUCUUUGAAGAGAAGAAUUUCCAGGGCCGUUGCUAUGACUGCAACAGUGACUGUCCAGACCUGCGCUCCUACUUCUCCCGCUGUAACUCCAUCCGUGUGGCCAGCGGUGCCUGGGUCCUCUACGAGCACCCCAACUACAAGGGUUACCAGUACGUCCUAAGCCCCGGCGAGUACCCCGACUACCAGCAGUGGAUGGGUUUCAACGACAGUGUCAAAUCCUGCCGCGUUAUCAAAAACGUCUAUGGCAAUGCUUGGAAGUUGAGGCUCUACGAGCGCCCUGACUUUGGAGGCCAGAUGAUGGAGUACUCUGAUGACUGUCCGUCAGUGCAGGAGGCCCUCAAAUUCCGCGAAGUCUUCUCCUGCAUGGUCACCCAUGGAGCCUGGUGCUUCUAUGAGCACCCCAACUACAGGGGGCGCCAGUACUUCCUUGAGCGCGGCGAGUACAGGAAGUACUCCGACUGGGGGGCCCAGUCUCCUGACGUCGGUUCCUUCCGCAGGAUCACUGACUUCUAAAGCCCCCCCCCCCCACCACAUCUGUGCAGAUCCAUGUUGAUCUGAUGAGGGAACCCAGUUCUAAUACCAAUAAAACUCCUGCAAAGCAAAA